UUCUAAAGAAAACAUAAUUUUAGAAAUCUACCUUACUAGUAUUACCGUUUUACCCUAUAUCUUUCAUCAAAUCCAUUAACUAUAUGCCAUAUUCUUCCCCUGUUUUUAUUUCUUUCUCAAACAAGAAAAUUCUUAAACCCCGAAAAUCCCCUGUUUUUCAUCAACCAAAAGAUAAAAAUCAUCAAAGAUAAAGCAAAAUCAAUGGCACCCAGUAAAAUUCGUAAAGCAAUAGGAGUAGUGAAAGAUCAAACAAGCAUAAGUUUAGCGAAAAUGGCGAGUCAUUAUGACGCACAACUCGAUAUCUUGAUUUUGAAAGCUACAACCCAUGAAAACAGAGUCCCAAAUAUCAAAUAUUCGAAUGAAAUCAUGCAUUUGAUUUCAUCUUCAAGAGAACUUGUUAAAGAAUGUGUAAGUUUGAUUUGUAAAAGGAUUGAAAAAACCCAUGAUUGGAUUGUUGCAUUGAAGUCUUUGAUUCUUGUUCAUAGAUUAAUUGUUGAUGGUGGGAGGAUUUUUGUGAAGGAGAUUGCUUGUGCUAAUACUAGUUGUAAAAUGUUGAGUAAUUUGUGUUAUUUUAAAGAUGAAUCACAUUCAAAUUCAUGGGAUUACACUGAAUUUGUGAGAAGAUAUGGGAUGUAUCUUGUAAAGAAAGUUGAGUUGAUGGUGUUUGAUGAAAUGUGGCUGAGAAGGAAAGUGAGUUCUUCUGAUGAUUUGAAGAGAUUAGAGGAGAAAGAGAGGAAAAUGGAGGGAACCCAUUUGAGGGAUGAGUUAUUACUUGAGAGGGUGUUGAGUAGAAUGGAGAGGUUGCAAAGAUUGCUUCAGAGGGUUCUUUGUAUUCGUUCGAGGUGCGUUAACAAGCGCCGAAAGAUUGUGAUUCUUGCUCUUACUCCUGUGGUUGAGGAGAGUUUUGAUCUUUACUGUGAUAUAUGUGAAGGAUUGUCUUUCUUGUCGGAUCGAUUUUGGGGGAUGGAGUAUCUUAAUUCUGUUAAGACUUAUGGGACUUAUGCUACUGUUGCCAAGCAGUUUGAUGAUCUUGCUGAGUUCUAUGUUUGGUGUAAGGGUGUUGAGGUUGCUAGUGUUGAGGAUUAUCCCAAGGUUGAGCAUAUUAUUAGUGAUGAUCUUUUAAGAUCAAUGGAAAAUUUUGUGAAGAAGAAGGCGAAUGAAUUGAAGAGCUCUAAGAACAGUACGCUUAACAAUUCGCCUGUCGCAAGUAAGACUCUAGAAAGCAGUGCAGAUGGUGUGAAGUUACAUGACCAAGAUCCAAAUGCCAUAGUAGAGGCUUUGGGAAACUCGAAUGUUAUAAGUGAAGCAUCAUCAGCUAAGGAGAAAGGUGAAACUUUGGCUUUGGCUUUGUAUGAUGAGGAUCAGACCUCCAUUGGUAAUAAUCCAUGGGAAGACUUUUCUGAUAAUGCUGAUCAAUCGCAGAUUACUUCAGCUUGGGAAACUCCAGUUGCUGCAGAUCUCAGUAAUGUUAACUGGGAGUUGGCCUUGGUGGCAUCAUGUACUAGUAAUCUGACCAUUCAAAAGGUUGAUUUUGGUGACAGUUUUGAUGCUUUCCGGCUAAAUGGCAUGUAUGAUCAGAGUGUUGUAAGACAGUUGAGUGGCUAUGGGAGUGCUAGUAGCCUCGCGUUGCCUUGGCCUGAGAAAAGGGAGAGUGCCGUUUUGGCCUUGCCUAGCACAGAAGAGUCAGCCGAAAUGGUGAAUCAGGAUCCAUUCGCGUCUUCUGUUGCAGUGCCACCACCUACUUAUGUUCAGAUUUCGGAGAUGGAGAAGAAGUUUCAAUUACUGCUGGAAGAACAGAAGAUUUGGCAGCAAUAUGAGGCAGAUGGGAAGCAGGGUCAACUCAGCAGUUUGAUGCAUAAUGAAUCUACUGACAGUGCUGCUGUUCCACAGAACAUGAAGGCUCAUGAGUCAUCUACCAAUGACUUAGGGCUACUAUAAAAGUAUACAAACUUUAUGGAAAUGUGAGACAUACUAUCUUAGUUACCUACUAAGAUUUUAUCUCACUAGUAAAUACUGAUAGUUUGAUGAUAGUUCAUGCAUAUAUAGGAUAAAUGCUUACAGUUUGAAGACAGUAGAUUAAUGAAACAAGCACAGUGAUCUUUGUAUGAUUCAUAAUGAAUAUGCAAUUAAAUACAAGAGCUUCAUUGCAGUGGCAAAUGGCAUUUGCCUGUGAUUUUCACUAGUAAAUUUGCUUUUUGUUGACUGCAAUGUCUUUGUACUAGUGAACAUGCUCUCCGGAUACACAUGUGUUCCUGGAUAUUGC